AUGAUCGUGAGCAGCAUCGAUGACUCAGACUUUUCUUUAGGUGAUCUAUCUGCUCCCUUUAACAUCAGCACCGAUCAAUCGUCAUAUUAUGGGAUAAAUUACGCGGGAUCAUAUGAUUCGCGCAAUAAAUCUGAUGCUGAAUCAGGAAAUUUCAAAUAUAGAAGGUUAUUGGCUAUAUUGUUCUUUGCAGGAUUUUUAGUAUUCAUCACGGGUAUAAUUGGCUUAUACAUCACAUUGAGAUUAUAUUUGAGAAGAAAAACCAAAAUGUUUGUUAAUUACCUUGCAUCGGAUGAGAUGGGAGAAGUAGCUGCGAGAUAUGUGGAUGAAGGCGCAAAAUCAUCGUUGGUAAUAAUGUUUAGUUGUACAGUUAAUGAUGAGGAUUGUUUGUUCGUUAUUCCAUUACACCAGUACAGCUCUGAAUUAUUUGAGAUUUACAUAAGAAUGCCGAAAGAAAUGAUCGACCGCCCUUACUUCUACAAGCUUUUCUGGAGCACCAUGCUCUCCUAUUCUAAGGAUCAGAAUAAUUUCCUGUAUAUUCCCUACUCUAAUCUCAAACGGAAGAGUGUGCUUCCUGUAAAACAUCUUAAGGCAAUUUAUAAUUUUACAGGGAUCAUCAGAAAUGAUUUAAUCUACACAGCUAAUGAAUUUAUCAACAUCAUCUUAAAUCCACUUAUUUUUACUUAUAUGAAUGAAAUAUUCACUAUUUGUAUAAUUGAUGAGUCGUAUGUGGAUGCUGUUGUAUAUAGCUGUACGGAUGAGCAACUUGUUCUGAAUUUUAGCGAAUCAUUCUAUUUCCCAGAAAAAAUGGCAGCAAGAUGUUUUUCACAUAUCAUACAUACAUUUACAGAAAAGUUGAAAGGUGGCGAGAUAGAUGAACUAUCCAAAACCGCCGAUUUUUGCGAUUCUAAAGUUCGGAUGUCAUUUGAGAACGAAAAAAACGAAUAGUAGGAAUGAAGUGCUUGUUGGCCGUCAAACAAACAAAUAUAAAGCUAAUAUCAAACGAGCGACAUGCGAGCAACUCCUUUCUUUUGGCGCAGUACAAAUCGAAAUUGUGCACCUAUUUCUUUUCUUCUUGAAGAUGCUAGGUUAUUGAUGUAUUAUAUUUUAGAAUCUUACGAAAUGAGUGCCUUUGCCUAUGUCUUCAUUUUGCCUUUCAAAUUUUUUACCAUUCUAUGUCCGCGUUGAAUAAAAUAUCCC